AUGGCGAAGAGGGUGGCCAUCAUCGGAGGGGGCAGCAGUGGGCUGUGCGCCAUCAAAGCCUGCCUGCAAGAGGGGCUGGAGCCCGUCUGCUUUGAGAGGACCGGGGACAUCGGAGGGCUCUGGAGGUUUGAGACCAGCGUGUGCCGUGUGGCCAAGCGCCCCGACUUUGCCGCCACGGGCCAGUGGGAGGUGGUGACAGAGAGCGAGGGGAAGCAGGAGACGGCCGUCUUCAAUGCUGUGCUGGUGUGCACCGGGCACCACACUGAGGCACACCUCCCACUAAGCACCUUCCCAGGCAUUGAGAAGUUCAAGGGCCGCUACCUCCACAGCCGAAACUACAAAGAUCCCCGAGAUUUCAUGGACAAGAGGGUCGUCGUCAUCGGGAUUGGGAAUUCGGGGUCAGACCUGGCUGUGGAGAUCAGUCAAACAGCCAAGCAGGUCUUCCUUAGCACUCGCCGGGGUGCAUGGAUCCUCAACCGUGUUGGAGAUCAGGGCUACCCCAUCGACAUCAUCCUCACUACCCGCAUGAAGACAUUCCUGAAGGAGCUGCUGAGCUCAUCCAUGGUGAGCAACUUCGCAGAGAAGCAGCUGAAUGCGAGGUUUGACCACUCACACUACGGCCUGAAGCCAAAGCACAGGAUCCUUGACCAGCACCCGACUGUCAACGAUGACCUGCCCAACCGCAUCAUUUCGGGCAGGGUGCGGGUGAAGCCAAAUGUCCAGGAGUUCACGGAGACGUCUGCCAUCUUUGAGGAUGGCACCAGGGAAGAUAUCGAUGCUGUGGUCUUCGCCACUGGAUACAGCUUCUCCUUCCCCUUCCUCGAAGGCUGCGUGAAGGUGGUGGAGAACCAGAUCCCCCUCUAUAAAUUCAUGUUCCCCCCCGACCUGGAGAAGCCAACACUGGCUUUCAUUGGCCUCAUCCAGCCCCUGGGCGCCAUCAUGCCCAUCUCCGAGCUCCAGUGUCGCUGGGCCACCCGUGUCUUCAAGGGGCUGAACAAGCUGCCCCCACGGCAUGACAUGGAAGCUGACAUAGAGGAGAAGAGAGAAGCGAUGGCAAAGCGGUAA